AUGGUGAAAAGUUUGAAGGGUUAUGGAAAAGAUUUCUGUCUCUAUACCAGUAUACAUGGAUUUAAUCACAUCGCUGUACCGCAGAGGCAUUGGGCAGAGCGGGUUUUCUGGAUCUGCUUGACGGGGGCUGCGAUAUGGGGUGCAAUUGGGGUAUCGUUAGGCCAGUGGCAACGGUACAACGAGAACCCAACGGUUGUUACUUUGGAGAAAGACUUCAGAACGUGGAUGUUCAAUAUGCCUGCCAUCACUGUAUGUAGCAAGAAUCGAGUGGACCCCAAGAAGCUGGAGCGAACAAUAACAAAGUAUUGGGGUGUCAACCAAUUAGACGCUAAAUAUGAAUACUAUAGCAAAUUUGUGACUACUGUAGCGAAUUCAGAUCUGUUCCAUCUCUUCGAAUAUGAGACAUAUAAAGACGAUGAGAGUCUCAAUGUGAACCUUUAUCAGCUCGCUGUAGACGUGAUGCCUGAGUUUUUGGUAAAACCAAGCUGGGUACAUGGAUUGGACAUCAAAUGGACAGCCACGAUGACUGAAUCGGGCGUCUGUUAUGUCACCAACUCUGUAGCUAUCGCCGACACAGCUAUUGUAAAACCAAAUACAAACGACACAAAACAAUUCCCUCUUACCUGCAAGUAUUCCUCUCUCAGAUGCUACGUGCUCCUCGAAAUAACCAACGAUACUCUGAUGUUCACGCACUCUCCAUACGAUGUCAUGGACGCAUCGGUACCACCGACCCUAUCUAUACCGUCUCUAGAUCGGAACAUAGAGCUGAGCGUCUCUGAAACCAGAUGCGGGAAGGGAGUACGCGAGCUAUCACCACAGAGACGUGGCUGCUUGUAUACUGAUGAACCGGUACAGACUGGGAGAAAGGUAUAUAGUACCAACUCCUGUCGUCUCUCGUGCAGGAGUAAGCUGGCGUUAAAGCUCUGCAAGUGCCGGCCGUUCUACUAUUUUUAUGAAGAAGGUCCGGAUUGCUCACCGUCAGGGAUGUGGUGUUUGGCCACAAUCUCCCACCGUCUGGUCAACAAUGAUGGUAUCAAGUGCUCCUGCACUGCGCCGUGCCUCGACGCUGUUUAUAAGGACAUCUUCACUAGUGAUCAGUUUUGGACUAGCGGACAGUUCAUGGACCGGGGUUCUGUGAAGUACACGAUACAACCCCCGCGCUCGAGGUAUACACGAGAGAUCGUUUUCCACUUUCAGGAUCUAAUUGUGUCUUUCGGCGGGGCGGCUGGCCUCUUUCUUGGUGCAAGUUUCAUCAGCUUUGUGGAGAUUCUGUACUUCAUAUUCGAAAAAGUCAUCAUGCUGUUCACAAAGCAGAACCCGACGGCGAAAACGGAAGUGAAAGCAGUGGACAAACCAACCAUUAUCCAGUACGAAAUGGAGCGAAUCCUAGAACUCAACAAGAUCCUGGAGGAUCAAAGGGAAUAUGAAACAUACGGGACGUCUAUUCAACGUUUGCAAGGCGUGGAUUUCACCCCAUAA